AUGGGUGUCACGGGUUCCGGCAAAAGUUCCUUCGUCUCCAUGUGUUGCGGGAAGCAGGUCAAAAUUGGCCACGACUUAAACUCUUGCACAAGCGUCGUCCAAGUCCAUUCGUUUAAACUAUCGCCCAACCAGACUGUGUACCUCAUCGAUACGCCCGGCUUCGACGACACCGACAUCAGCGACACCGAAGUCCUACGGGCCAUUGCCCACUGGCUCAACGAGUCGUACAAAAAAAAGGUCUUGCUACGAGGCAUAUUAUACUUCCAUCGCAUCACCGACGUUCGAAUGACGGGCUCCGCCAAGAAGAACAUUCUCAUGUUCAAGAAGCUCUGUGGCAACAACGCCCUCCAGAAUGUAGCCCUCGUCACAUCUAUGUGGGAUCAGGUGCUGAAGGAGGACGGCGGGAGGCGGGAGAAGCAGCUCAUUGAGACGCCCCAGUACUGGGGAUACAUGGUGUCCAAGGGCAGUAUCACGCUCCGCCACGAUAAUACAGUCGCCUCGGCGCUUGCCAUCGUCAGGCGUCUGGCUGACGGUGAGGGCGAUCCUGUCAAGCUGGACGUGCAGGACGAGAUGAUUGACAGGCAGAAGCUGCUGGACCAGACGGAGGCCUGGCAGGAGCUCGAGGCGGCCAGGAUUGAGGAGCAUAAGAAGUGGGAGACGAAGCAGCGCGAAAACGAGAAGCAGUUGGAG